AAGACACCAAUCCAUCCUGUUCGGUGUGCAUUACCGUGUCGCACUGGUUUCGCCAGUCGGUCGCUUUCAUUCGAACGAACUAGACGCGUUUUCUGUCGUGCAGGUGUGUUUUGACGUGCCACUACUACGUCAAGCUGACAGCUGAGUGCUGUGAGUCAUCACUGUGUACGAUCGCGAUACUUAGUUUAGUGUUUAGCUCAAAUGGUUGAAACUUUUUGAUGGCUCUGGCGCAAAAUUUGUGUAAAUUUAAUUGCUCGUUGAUUUUGGGCAAAGUUGUGUUAGGUCGGGAAGAAGUGUACUAGAUCGUAGUAGGCUCAGUAGGCCUAGUAUACAAAGGAUCCAACAAUAGAUCUUAGUGUCUAUUACCCGGGGAAUUUGUUGGGAGUGCGAAAUCAUUGCUAUUGAAAAUUGAAGCUUCGAAAAUUCCCCUCCAAAGCUGCAACAUCUCACUCAAGUGGCGCUUGAACCGCUCAAUCGAGGAUCACGAAAACGAUAAGUACCAAGUACUGCUGAUAAACCCCCGUCAGCUCAAUACUCUCAAACAGUGUUGACUAUAAAUCACUGCGCUCUGCGGUGGGGCGAUAAUCCGCGGCACUUUCCAUUGCAAGUAAAAAAAACACAAACCCAGCAGAAUCAACAUCGAGAAACGAGUUAAUCACACACUCCACCAGCAGCACUUCUGACACUCAUCCUCAGUUGGCGCUGCAUCGGGGGCUGCAGGUGCAGGUGCUUAUUAGUGCCGGUAGGCUCACGCGUGAAUAGUUGCAGUGGUUUUUUUAUUCUCCUCCUUCUACAUCUCACUCCUCCCCCGGUACUCCUCAAAACCAUAAUGAAUGUAAUCGAGUGAUUAAAGCGUGCGGAACGUCGGGAGCGUGAAGGUGGGUCGUGUUUUUGUGUGUAACCGGGUCAAACGGUUGUUGUGGUUAAAGCGUGCAUAUCAUUUGCGUUUGUGCCGGUGUGUGUGUGUGUCUGUGUGGUUGGCAAGUGGUUGGUGUGCAGGUUGCACAUGUAGGUGUGCACAAAUUUCAUUACGCUUUCCCAUUUGUCAGACACGUGCGUUGUGCGUUGGAGUCUAGUGUAGAACGAGUAUAGGAGCGCGUUAGGAGGGCGUAUCAGCAACAGCAGCAGCAGUCUAGCACCCCUGACUCCUCUCCUGGGUUUCGUCUUCCGCAGAUACUUCUUUCCCAUCCUACCCUGGACCGCAACGAACGCAGCCAAGAUGAAGAUGUCAAAACUCUCCAAUCAGACCAACUCCCAGGACCCGCAGGCGGUGAACUCGCGCGUUUUCGUCGGCAACCUGAACACUUUUCAGUGCUCGAAGACGGACGUGGAGCGCAUGUUUCAGCGCUACGGACGGUUGGCGGGAAUUUCCAUGCAUAAAGGAUACGCGUUUGUACAGUUCACUAAUCCAUUCGAUGCCCGGAACGCUUGCCACGGUGAGGAUGGACGAACGGUGCUGAGUCAAACUUUAGAUGUGAAUAUGGUCGCGGAACCAAAACCACAUCAAACCGGUCGGAAACGGCAAAACAAAUCCAAAACCGGAAACGAUUGGGACUACUACUACGACAGCUACUACGCGUCAACACUGUUUGGGCCGCUACAGCAGCAACCAAACGCACAGCCACGGCCUCUCAAGCGCCAACGGUUGAUGGCACCGAGCCGCAUGGGAAUGACGCCGAAAAUGAACGGUGCCGGGCCGAUCCUUGCGCACAGUCACGCACAGCAACAGCAGCAGCAGCAGCAGCAGCAGCAACAGCAAGUGCUCUCUCAACAACAGCAACAGCAACAACAGCAGCAACAGCAACAACAAAUGCAUCUCGUAGCACAUUCGCAACAGCUUCAGCAACAAAUGCAAGCCGUGGCAACGGCAAGCCCUGUGCCGGGGGGAGCCUGCAGUUUGGGCGGCUACUACACCACCCCGGUCGGUGGUAACAUUGGCUCGAGCAACGGUGUGCCGAUGCAGGUGCCGAACGGGUGCAUCGGGACGAAUGGUUACAUCAACAACAACAACUGCUUGCUGAACGGAACGGAGCUGAGCGGUGGUGGUGUUGUUGGCGGCGCGGGCUGCAACAUGUCAAGCAACAUGUCAAGCUACACCAACGGCCAGCACGUGGUUGGACCGUUCAAAACUUACAGUAAUCCCGACACACUCAUCUGCGGCAACUGCCGGGAGCUGUUCACCGACCUGACGGAGCUGCUGGAUCACAAGCGCAGCUACUGCAAGCUUCGAUUUACCUGCAAGUGUCUCAGUACCUCACCGGUGCAGAAAACUUAUCCCAAUCCGCAGGCUAAGCUGGUGUGUGUGGCGUGCAAGGAUUCGUUCUCCAAUCCCUGGGAUCUGAUGGUGCACGCGCAGGCCGCACACAUGGUAAACAUCUACGAGCUGGGGGAGAGCCCGUCGUCCGGCGAGGACGGGAAGGCGCUGGCGGUGGGCGGCGAUCGGACCGCCAACAGUACGCCCACGAUGCCCUGCUCACCGCCCGCCCACGAGCACGGCGCGAAGCUGAAUGGAAACGGUGCGGUCAACAACCCGCUGGCGAACGGAAUUCACGAGCUUGAUGAUGAGAAGAAUGACCAUGGGGAGGAAACUCAUUCACAGGCGACGCCCAGCUCACCGGAAGCGGGCCUACAGACGGCCUCCUCCAGUGAGGACAUCUCUUCCAUGCACGAUUCACCCAUCAUCAACGGUGUCAUCGCGAAGGUGGAACCGUCGGCCGGUCUGCUGGCGAACGGGUUUGCCGCCGCAAUGGACACCGGGCUGAAGGUGAACGGGCCGGCCAGGGCGUGCAUUAUGUCCGCGCUGAGUAUAGACACAAAGUCUAACCAGGAGUCGGCACUGAAAAUGGUCUCCUCCACGAUGGGCAUAACGCUUACUAACGGGGCGGCUGUAACGGCCGUAACGCAGUAAAGCAUUUGUUGUAAGCGUUCUCGUAGCAGCUACUUUGUUUUGUACUUUGAUUUUCAUUCUUUUAUAGUUAUAAAGCUUGUUUUAGUUUGUUUAGAAGAGUUUAGAGUUUUCUGUUUUUUUUUUUAAUAUUUAUUAUCUCUUUCUUUUCUUUUAAAAGCAUGUUAGGGUUAACAAUGUAUUAAGUAAGAAAUAUUUAUUACCAAGCAUUCUUCAAAGCAUGUUUCUGUUGAGCCCCCGUUUCUUAGACGUAAUGAAACUCUAAAAAGCAACAACACAUCAACCGUUCUUCUAAUGAGAGAAACGAAAAGUAUUCUAUUAUCGUAGAUAGUAAGACAAACGUUUAUAUUGAGAAAAGAAACAAAAAAGUAACAAAAUACACACCUACAAUGGAAAAACAAAUAUAUGCAAAAAAGCAGCUAACAUUAAACCAAAAAAACACACACACACACACACACACAAACACAUAGUAAAUAAAUCGAAUGUGCGUUACUAACGCUGGAUUUACGAACAAAAGCUGACAGGCAAACACGCUGCUUAAAGCACACAUACACUGAAACACAAACAUGUACGUAACACUAAACACUAAAUACGGUUAUCGUCUUAACGGGCAGAAUUUGCUUGCAGUAUAAACGUGUUUCAAAGCGGUGUAGAGAAAGAGAGAGAGAGAGAGAGAGAGAGAGAGAGAGAGAGAGAGAGAGAGAGAGAGUGCAAAAAGCAAAACAGAACAGCAAAAACAUUUCAAAAUCUCCAACGUAAAACCGUAAAACACGGACACGAUAAAUGAAUACAAAACAAUGAGAGCUUAUGGGUAUGAUUUAUGUUUAUAAACUGCACUGCACAAAGCAGGCGAGGUAAGAAAAAACGAGUUUCGGCAGGCGAAAGAUGUUCGUUUCACCGUUGCGGCAUUGCGUUCGAACGUGCACGGUUGGUAGUUUGGCUCAACCGAAAAGGGGAAGCUUGCGCAACCAAAAGAGAGGAGGAGAAAUAAAUCUCUGCUUUAGUUACCAAAACAACACCCAUUGUUGAUUAGAUAAUGCCUGCCGGUUGGCGGGAUUUCACACAAGCAAAGUCGCUUGCCUCCGUUUUUGUCGCUA